CCCUCCUCAGGAUGUUGGAGGAGGAAUGCAGAGGGCAGCCCAGAGGGCAAGGAGAGGCUCAGGAUGGGACCGGGACCUUAAUGUGAGCUGGUAGGGAGCCGCACCCACAGCUGCUAUCCACCAUGGGUAACUACAACUCUAGCAAGAAAACCAAGGUUCCCAAGAAGAAACUAAAGAAGAAACCUCCAGACAAGGAGAAGGCCAAGAAGAAGCCCUUCUUUGGCCGCUCGAAGAGUCCCAAGAUUGUGCUGCUCCUGCCCUUGAACAAGAGGAACCAGCUGGCAGAGACCAGCGUGCCGCCUAGAUCCCAGUGGGCCGGAAGGCCCCAGGACGAGGCCGGAGCAGCACCCGCGGACUGCUCGCUGAAAGGCGCAGGCGAUGGGACAGGCCCCCGGGCGGACUCUCGGGCGCGGGAGAUGAAGAAGAUUUUGGUCUUCCUGCUCCUGCUGGAUGCCCGUCUGCAGGACGAGUGGUGGAAAGCGGAUGGCGGUUCCAAGAGUGCCCAGGCCUGGCAGCACCUCCACAGCCGGCUGCUAGCUGAGAACGAGGCUGAGGACCAGCCGCACCCGCAGAAGCGCUGGCACCAGGCCCACUGCCAGUACUGAGCCGGGCAGGGCAGGCAGGACAAUAAAGAUCAUGGAGCAUUUGA